AUGAAUGCUGAUCCGUGGGCCCGUCCGAACUUCAAUCUCUGGAGUGUAAGCGCAGAACCACCAAAAAACAAACCGGUGGUUGAAUACGGGAAGCCAAACGACAAACGAUUCACCAUUCGCGUUGUCCAUGGUGGGUUCUUUACAGACUACCCAGGCAAGGCGUAUCAACAGACCAAGGUUCACUUCAUUUCUUAUGUGAACAUCGAUUUGUUAGACAUGGAGUUGCUUGGGCGUUUUUCUAGAAGCCUUGGGUAUACCAGUUUGGGGAACUGGUAUCAUAUGCCCAUCGAAGAACAGAGUGGGUUGUCAAUGGUUCCAAUACUAAAUGAUGAAUGUUUGGAACCAUUCAAGACGUUAGUUAGGGCCACCAAUUCAAAGAGAUUGAACAUCUCUAUGUUGAACACAGGCCUGUGUUUGUUCCAAACAAUUUCCCACACUUUUGAUGAACUCUCCAGCCAAACGUGUUGA